AUGACAGCGCUGUGCGCCCAAGAGAGCAUAUAUAAUCUCCUACCACGGGUGGAGGAGAAGCCUAUCAAACUACCAAGAUAUAUAUCAACAUUUAGACCAUCUGUGAAACAUGAAAUAGAAGAAAAUAGAGCUCCAUGGAAAACUAUGGGACCAGCAAAAAUUGAAGUACCAUCUCCAAAAAACUUUCUUCAGAAACAUUCAAAGGAACCAAAGCUACCAGACAGAAAAAGAGAUGAAGGAAGAAAGAGGUUACUAACAAUACCAUCAGUGCCACACGUGACAGAUCACCCACUUAUGGGAAUUCAAAGUAAAAAGAAUUUCAUAAAUACAAAUGCAGCAGAUGUUAUCAUGGGAGUGGCUAAGAAGCCUCAACCUAUUUGUGUUGACACAAGACAAGGAAACAAAUAUCUCCUUGAAGCUUCAGGACUUGUCCCAAAAUACAUUAAUAAAAAGGAUUAUGGUCUUACUCCUAAAUACGUAAUUAAGAGAAAUGAGGAAGUAAAGAGAGCCCAAGAAGAGUAUGAUGCCUAUGUCAAGGAGACUCUGAGGCAAAAAGCCAUGAAACGGCUCUCUGAUGAAGAAAGGGAAAGUCUCCUACAGGGUCUGAAAAAGAAUUGGGAAGAGGUACAUCAUGAGUUCCAGGGCCUUUCUGUAGAAAUAGACACCUUACCAAAGAAGAUCCAUAAAGAAAGGCUGGAAGCACAGAUGAAACAACUGGAGCAUGACAUUAAUAUAAUUGAGAAGCACAAAAUUAUCUAUAUUGCAAAUAAGUAA